CUUUUUCCACCUAAACACCAUGUUUUUACUUGUGUAUAUAUAGAUACUUCAGUUGUCUUACUCUAUGCCUACUUUUCUCUGUUCUUUUUUUGUUGCCUUUGAUUUUGUGUUUAGGUUUUGCAUCGUGGCAAGGAAAGUGAUACAAGAUGGAAGAAGAGCAAAGCGAGUUUCGACACUGGGAUGAACUACUUCCUGAUGUAUUGGGGCUGAUCUUCAGUUACCUGUCCUUAAAAGAGUUACUGGAAGUCAUUCCCUGUGUUUGCAAAUCCUGGAGUAAGGCAGUCAUGGGUCCCCUUUGUUGGCAAUAUAUAGAUCUUUUUCAAUGGAGCAUUCGCUGGCAGCCCCAUCAACUCGAUCGGAUGCUUCGAAUGCUAGUCGCAAGAAGCAGUGGAUCUCUCCGCAGCCUACAUGUUGCAGGUCUUCAGAAUGAAUCCAAUUUCUCAUUCAUCACAGAGAAUGCUGGCUCCCUUCAGGUUUUACGACUACCCCGAAGUGAAAUAAGUGGUCCAAUAGUAGAAGAAACCGCCCAAAGGCUUUCCACAAUCACUUUCUUGGAUUUGAGUCACUGUCCCAAAAUUGGUGCCAAAGCUAUAGAGGCCAUUGGAAAGCACUGUAAAUUUCUUGUAACUCUUUGCCGCAACAUGCACUUUCUGGAUUCAGCAGGCAAGGUCGAACCGGAGGAUGAGGCGAAUGCAAUAGCAGGUACAAUGCCAAGGCUAAAGCAUCUUGAGUUGCGUUGUCAUUUUAUCAGCACGGAAUGUGUUCUCAACAUCCUUUCUGGUUGUCCUCAUCUUGAGCAUUUGGAUAUAAAGGGUUGCCUGGAAGUGGAACUUGAUCAUCAGUUCCUUAAAGACAAGUUCCCAAAGCUGAAGAAUCUGCUGGAGCUGCGCUUGAGAAAUGUAGGUGGACCGUACAUCGGUUAUCAUGAGUUCAUUGACUGGAUAUAUGGAUUCUCUUAUUUGAGAAUGUGGGUGGAAUGUUGGUUGAAUGGAGAAAUUAAAUUACCUCUUUCAGUAAUAGAAUGUGCCAUUCCAUGCCCUUCAUUUAUUCUUCAAUUUCUUCUUUCACUGUAGUUGCAUUUCACAUGGUUUUAUAUUUUACAUUAAUAUAAUAUUCUUCUUUUGCUCGUUA